AUGUUGCCUCACCUGGAGAGUUUUCUGUUGGUCUCUCUGCUAGCCGUUGUCAUGGCCGCCACACCACCCAACGUGGUGCUGUUCCUAGUCGAUGAUCUUGGCUAUGGCGACCUCACUCCCUAUGGACACCCCACCUCCAAUACCCCCCACCUCCAGUUACUAGCCGAGCAGGGUCUCGUCUUCACUCAGUUCUACACCACUAGUCCAGUAUGUAGUCCGUCUCAAGCAGUUCUGCUGACUGGGCGAUACCAGACUAGGUCCGGGAUAUAUCCGGGGGUGUUUGAACCUAACGACCUUGGAGCGUACAUCCAAAUAGAGACAUUUGUUACUGUCCCUGGCCAUCCUAUGAGAAUAACAUCCUAA